UCUUGUGCUUUUCGAUUUCAUCGCCAUCAUAAAUUUCCGAUUUUACGCCAUAAUUAUACUCGCCAGUCGCCAGCACCAUACAUACUACCCUCUUCCCAGAUAAUCCUCUUUAGCUCCAACCAUUACCCUAAUUAAUCUUCUCCGGCGACGGGUCAAAUUGGAGAGCCUUAUUUAAUUAGGGCGGUUGGAGAAAAAAGAUGGCUCCGCCGGCGAACGGUGGCGCUGGUGGCGGAGCUGCGAGAGGUGGAGGAAGGCAGCAGCAAGAGCAGCAGGGCGUGGGGCAGAUGUUAACGGGGAUUAUAAGGGUAGCCGUUUUCUGGUACUUUGCGUCGAAAUUCUUCUCGCCAAAAAAGCCUCUUAACCCUAAUCAGCCUUCUUCUCAGAUCUCCAAUCUCUUCCAUAAAGCAGAGCCCUUGGAUAUGUGGUUUUAUCUUUCUGAGCAAGAAAAGUUUAAUGACUUCAGUAGUGAAAGUGCACUAGUUUGGCAUGAGACCAAUAUACCUUAUGCAGUUUGGGGACCAGAGAGUACCAGGCGACUUUCAUUGAAAUACUAUCCAACCGAGGCCUUGAAGCACAAUGGAAGUCUUUAUGCUCAUGUGUUUUUUGCUCAUUCUGGUUUUCCACCAGAUCCCAAUGACCCUGAGUAUCAACCAUCUGCAGCCUUUGGGCACACAUAUUCUGUUGUGACAUAUCUGCCGAAGUCAAAGGCAAACAAGAAGAAGAGUCUGUUAGGGAACUCCAAAGACUCAGAUGUGGCUGAAACACAGGCUAAGGUAGUUGAAGAUGAUCAGGUAGAUUUGAAAGAUGACGAACCUACUGAAUGGAUUUCAUAUUGGAAGCCAAAUAUUACAAUCAAUUUGGUUGAUGAUUUCACGAGAUACCAGCAGAAUGCAGUUCCACCUAAUAUUGCUCCCUACUUGAAUAUUGAGCCUACUACAGGAAACUAUUAUCCAACUGUAUUCUUCAAUGAAUUUUGGUUGCUCAGAGACAAAUUAAUUGCAAUCAAUGAGACAGUUACUGAGUUGCCACUUCAUCUGGAAGUGGGUCCCAUUAGUACGACAAAAUGGCAACUAUUCUUGCAGAUUGAUCAAUCAUUCCAAAUUCAUCGUAAUUAUGGAAGCAUGCUUGAAGGCGAGGCUGAUGAACUUAAGAGAGUGUUUUUGGAAGGAAAUCCUUAUCUUCUGGUGGUUACCAUGAUCGUCUCACUACUACACUCUGUGUUUGACUUUCUGGCAUUUAAGAAUGAUAUUCAGUUUUGGAAUAAGAAUAAAUCCAUGGAAGGAUUAUCUGCAAAAUCAGUAGUAGUUAGCUUUGUUUGUCAACUCAUUGUGUUCCUGUACUUACUUGACAAUGACACUUCUUGGAUGAUACUUGCGAGUUCUGGUAUUGGUUGCUGCAUUGAGUUCUGGAAAAUAGGGAAAGCAAUGCACAUUGAGAUUGACAGAUCUGGUAAGAUACCUAUGCUAAGGUUCCGAGACCGUGAGUCCUAUGCUAAAAACAAGACUAAGGAGUAUGAUGAUUUGGCGAUGAAGUAUUUGUCCUACGUGCUCUUUUUCCUCGUUGCCUGCUUUUCUGUUUAUUCUCUAAUGUAUGAACGUCACAAGAGCUGGUAUUCUUGGAUUCUUUCAUCCCUCACAAGUUGCGUUUACAUGUUUGGUUUUGUUAUGAUGUGCCCACAGUUGUUUAUCAACUAUAAGUUGAAGUCUGUUGCUCAUCUACCUUGGAGGCAAAUGACUUACAAGUUCUUGAAUACGAUCAUUGAUGAUCUCUUUGCAUUUGUCAUAAAAAUGCCAUGGCUACAUCGUCUUUCUGUUUUCCGUGAUGAUGUCAUAUUUUUGAUAUAUGUAUACCAAAGAUGGAUAUAUCCCGUGGACAAGAAGCGUGUAAAUGAGUUUGGUUUUGCUGGGGAAGAAGAAGAUCAGAGAUCUGGAAACAAGGAUACAACAGCAGAGGAAGAUGACAAAAAAAUUAACUAAGCUAGUUUUAGAUUUUAGUUCAUGCUUUGCUUUAGUCUGGCAUCAAGAGCUGUAAAAUUUAUGCAGUGGAAUUAUUUGACUCCCAUAAUUAGUUUGUUGGGAUUAUGUUCUUUGAGGUAUAAAUUCUGGUGGUUGUCCUUUCCUCAAAUUUUUGGGAGAAACGUUGCUUUGAGUCCUCACCAGUCA